UUCUCACUGUCGUACGGAGUAUUUGUAAAAGGGCGGUUGUUGAUACCUACAUGGUAGGUAGUCCUUUCGACUACUCUUCCUUCUCUCCCUCUCAAGCGGACUUUUAUCUUCUACGAGGUGCCAUCGGACCGGAUUCUCAACAUACUGUAGCAACAAUGGGCUCCCUACCUACCCUCGAACCCCCAACGCAAUACACCCAUUCCCAUCCUGUUCCCCCUCCAGGCAUCUACACCCCGGCAGUGACCUUCUUCGACCCAGCGACCGACACCCUCCUAGCCACCCAACAAUCCCAGUACUACAGCUACCUCGCCUCGACCGGCCUCACCGGCCUCGUAAUCCUCGGCACCAAUGCUGAAACCUUCCUCCUAACUCGCGAGGAAAGGGCUACCCUCCUCAAACUUGCGCGCCAGUCCGUUCCAGCCGACUAUCCCAUCAUAGCCGGCGUAGGAGGCCACUCCACCGCCCAAGUCCUAGAGUAUAUUGCGGAUGCCGCAGCCGCAGGGGCAAACUACGUGCUCGUCCUGCCCGCCGCGUACUUCGGCAAACAGACGACCCCGUCAGUGGUACACAACUUUUACACGGCCGUUGCGAAAGCCUCGCCCUUGCCGAUCCUUAUCUACAAUUUCCCCGCUGUAUGCAACGGGCUCGAUCUCGACAGCGAUGUUAUCGCACAAUUGGCCCAAGAAAAUCCCAAUAUCGUUGGCGUCAAGUUAACCUGCGGGUCAGUUGGCAAGAUCACAAGGUUGGCAGCGACAUUCCAGCCCGAGAGGUUUGCCGUCUUCGGAGGGCAGUCGGAUUUUCUGGUUGGUGGCCUCGCAGCGGGGAGUGCAGGGUGUAUUGCGGCGUUUGGGAAUAUCUUCCCUAAAACCGUGGUCAAGGUUUUCGAUUUGUACAAGAUGGGCAAGCAUGACCAGGCAUUGGCGUUGCAGAGGAUGUCGGCGCACGCGGAGAACCCGACGAAGGCGGGUAUUGCGACGACGAAAUAUGCCGUCAGUCAGUAUAGCGCCAGAGCGGCAGGCAUACCGGGUGAUUUGGAGGCCAUGUUGCGACCCAGAAGGCCAUAUGAAGAGCCAGGUGAGGCGGUCAAGAAGAAGAUCAGAGAGGUGAUGACGCCUGUAGCUGAAAUAGAGAAGACGCUUUGAGACCGGGACAUAAAUGGAAUAUUCUGAGAAUGGUCAAGUUUGGAGAGCUGUUCCUUGUAUAUCAGGAAGAACCCCCACCUUCUGGGUAAUGCCUUGGGG